AUGAAUCUCUAUACGCCUGGUAAUGGGUUAUUUGGUACUCAUGUCACCUGGGAGGAUAUUGAGGAGGACAUGCAAAGAGAGUUGCAUACCAACUCUUCCUUUGGUCCUAACAAAACUGCACAAAAUAUUGGGGAUGGCAAAGGAUUUAUGUCCAGGAUAGUACUAAUAGAUCCAGACUGGCAACAAAAAGACAAAGAUCUACCUAAAAAGUUCAUUGUAAAAGUAAGCCUUAUAGAGGAAAUUUUAAAAUGCUUGUGUAAAUUAUCAAAUACUCAAUUUGUUAAGAUUCUCACCCAAUUGGCAAUACAGAAUUUCGCGAAUGAAAUGUCAAAGAAGAAUGAAACUGAUAAUUUACUUGGCGACGAGGAAUUCAAAGUUACUUUCGAAAAGCAGCAGAAAGCCGUGAGUUUCAUAAUGAGAUUGCCUAAUAAAUUCUUAUUAUGA